GAAACUUAAAUUUCGAACAUCCUCAACUCUGACCCCAAAUUUUGGUAUUCUGUCUACUAUCAAAAUGCCCAUAAAAAGAAACGAUCUUGAGAUGGCCUGUGAGACUAGACUAGACGCCCCCCUCCAGAAGGUCACGCAAACUCUCAUAGAAUUUCAAACUACUAUUGGCAACAAAACAAGAAGCUUGAAAUCCCUCGAAUCGGACGCCAUAACCACUAAAUCUGAAAUUGAGAGAGACGAGGAGGAAAUCCGACAAAUCAAAGAGAGAAUCUUGAGAAAACGAGAACAAAUACUAUUGGCUGAGCACAAAGCUCAAGUAGUUAGAGGUCAAAUUGGUGAAUUCAAAGAAAAGGAGAAAUUUCUUCUAGCGGUGCAAAAUGGGGGAGCGGAGUUUUUGAAGACACUUUUGGAGACUGGAAAGUGGGAAUUAGAGCAGGGUAUCAAAGAGGCAUGGGUAGAGGAAGGAAUGGCAUCUAAGAAAGAUGAAGAUCGAAAGCAAGAAGACUGAAGACGAUUUAUGAUGGUAUCUCCAAAUAAACAGCAGUGUCA